CGGUUCGCAUAAUUUAAUCGGGAACGAGUACGUGCGCGCACACGUGUUCUUUGUGUGGCAGCGUAGAGAAGCGCCAAAAGAGUGACCAUGGCAGAUGAAAAACCAAAGGAGGGAGUCAAGACAGAAAACAACGAACACAUAAACCUGAAGGUGGCGGGUCAGGAUGGAUCAGUGGUGCAGUUUAAGAUCAAAAGACACACUCCGCUCAUCAAGCUCAUGAAAGCCUACUGCGAGAGACAGGGACUUCAAAUGAGACAAAUCAGGUUCAGAUUCGAUGGACAGCCCAUAAACGAGACAGACACGCCAUCACAGUUGGAAAUGGAAGAUGAAGACACAAUUGAUGUGUUUCAGCAACAGACGGGAGGCCUGAUUUAAUCGACCUCAUGCAUCACACUUCACAGCAAACCUUCCCCCGUCAGUCACUCAGCAGCUGCGUCCGUUGCAACUCGCCCUGAUGUCUCAACAGAACUUCACGCAGAAGAAGUUUUCACUUCUCUGCUACACACAACUGCUGUAUAUUAUCUUCAUCCUUGCCCUUGAUCCUUUUCUGUUUUUUUGUACAUAAACAACAUCCAUACCCCCCCCACAUACAUUCAGGUUUUGUGUUUUUAUGCUGAAUGAAUUGUGUUGAAUUUUAAUGACUUAGCUUUCCCCGAUUUGUAGAGCUUUUUCUACGGUUGUAGACAGAAAGGACGACGACUGUCGGAGGGAGAAUUAAUAAAACUGACAUCACUGAUCAAA